AGUUCUGUGAUUGUGGUGCAAGCAAGCAAACCAAGCAAACGAAGGCACACAACUACGGCACCGCCUUAGGGAAGGGCCUGCAAAUUUGGAAUGUUUUGGUUGGAUGAGAGGGCUGUGGUUGAGUUAAAACAUGGCUUCUGUUUUAGGACCUUCUGUGUUGCUUUAUCUCUUGUUAUUUGCCGAAUAUUUUAAGAAUGGUGUUGCGACGACCUCUGACAUUGAACGUGAUGCAAAGGCUCAAUAUACGCAUCGUAUUGACAGUCUAAACCUGCUUCUCUAUACUUUCUUGUUGAUUUCCACUGUACUGACGAUAUGGAUGUUCAAGCACAGGAGAUUGAGAUUUUUGCAUGAAACCGGCUUGGCAGUGAUUUAUGGUCUUAUAGUGGGUGCCUUAAUCCGUUAUGCUGGGUCAACAACCACUGUAUCUCGCAUUAAUGUCUUCCCAGAAAAAGGAACACAUUACAAUGAUUCAUUGCCACCUGAUACUGUUUGGUUGCAUUAUCCUUACAAAACUCCAACAAGUAGUGGAGUCCAACAAGCUAAUAAGACCUAUGCAUAUACGUUCAGAGGAGAAAUAAAGGAUGUAGAGAAUAAUGAGAUUGACUUGAAGGCCACUUUUGAUCCUGAAAUAUUCUUCAACAUUAUUCUACCACCAAUAAUUUUUCAUGCUGGGUACUCUUUGAAAAAGAAAUACUUUUUCCGAAAUUUGGGAGCUAUUCUGAUGUAUGCUCUCAUUGGAACAACAGUAUCUUCUUUCACUGUGGGAGCUCUCAUGUAUGGAAUGGUUCAAAUUAUACCACAUUUAAGGACAUCGUUUACCUUUCUAGACUCCUUGUAUUUUGGUGCUUUGAUUUCAUCAACUGAUCCACUCACUAUCCUUGCAAUAUUCAAUGACCUUCAUGUAGAUGUCAACUUGUAUGCCCUUGUUUUUGGAGAAAGUGUACUUAAUGAUGCAGUUGCCAUUGUUCUUAGUGGGGCUAUCCGUAACUAUGGUGAAAGAUACCAAUCAGGAUCUGGUAGCUUUGAGACUGAUGCAUUUCUCAGAGCUUUUGGUGACUUCAUAUUCAUUUUCACAUUAUCUCUUAUGAUAGGUGCUAUCAUGGGAUGCCUUACAGCAAUUUUGACCAAGUUCACAAGGGUUCGUGAUUUUCCUCUCCUGGAGUCUGCUCUUUUUGUGCUGAUGUCAUACAGCACCUUCCUCAUUGCUGAAGUUGCUGAUCUUACAGGUGUUGUUGCUGUAUUAUUUUGCGGCAUAUGUCAAGCCCACUACACAUACAACAAUUUAUCGUCAGAUUCACGAACAAGAACCAAACAGUUGUUUGAACUAAUGAACUUCCUAGCAGAAAAUUUUAUCUUCUCAUACAUAGGUGUUUCAAUGUUUACCUUCCCCAAACAUCACUUUGAUCCAGGAUUCAUUAUAGCUGGAUUUGUAUGUGCUGCCAUUGGAAGGGCUGCUAAUAUUUAUCCCAUGUCAUUUAUUCUUAAUUUAGGUCGCAAACCUAAAAUUUCUUACAAUUUUCAACACAUGUUGUUCUUUGCUGGCCUUCGUGGAGCCAUGUCUUUUGCUCUUGCUAUUCGCAACACUGUGUCAGAGGCACGCCAAGCAAUGUUGACAACAACAUCGCUUAUUGUGAUAAUUACUGUGAUUGUACAAGGUGGAUCAACAAUGCAACUCCUUACAUGGUUAAACAUCCCAGUAGGAGUAGAUGAUGAAGUGGAAUUGUUGCCUUAUUCAAGUGCUAGGAAUGAUAUAAAUGAUUCUGCUUCAGUUUCUGGAAGUAAUUCAGUAUCAGGGAGCAAGGAUAAUGGCAAAGCUCUCCUCGCCCGUUGGUGGGCAGGCCUGGACACAAAAUAUAUGAAACCUUUCUUGACUCAUGCAAGACCAACACUAUUGGAAACACUCCCUGUUUGCUGCAAUCCUCUUGCACGACUGUUAACUACAACGGAGCAGUUAACUCAGGAAUGUGGACGUUCACGAUUAGAUUCUGACUCAGAGUUAUGUUUAGAAGAAAAUGAAAUGUCAUUUUCUGAUCUUCGUCGAAGUAGUAGCGGACAGAGGGCGGAGCGACACUUGCUGUCCGGGGACUUGGGCCUGGGCGGUCUUGGUGGCCUGGGGGGUCUGGGCUCCAACCUGGUCGGCCACGGCUCCACGGUGGGCACCCGAGUCCGGAUGCCAGGCCCCGACGGUAACCACUUGUAGCCCCACGACCCGGGGGCAGGGGCGGCCGGGGUGACUCAUGCCCCAGCACAUGGCACGCCCGCGCGUGCCCUCGCCCUCGCCCCCGGGACGGCCACCAUGGCGGCCACGGCCCUGUCCGCGUCCUUGGCCUCUCCAGGGCACACUCCAGGACACUGCUUCCUGGACCCGAGCGACCUUGUGGAAGUCCACCUGUGACCUGCCCGCCUCGCGUCUCAACGUGCUGAUGAAGCGCUUUGCUGCCGGCCUACUUCUGCAGUGUGUCGCUUGUAUUUUUCGGUAUACUUUGUUCAUAUGUGCCAAAGAUUGAUUGAAGAAAUCAUUGGAAUCUUGCAUAAAUGUCUUGGAGGACUUUUGCUUUAAUUAUUAAGCCAAUAUUUAGUGGUGGUUGCCCAUAUAUGUGAUGUGUGCCCUCAUUGUAGAGUGUCAGAAAUAUAUACUGUAACGACUUUAAAGGUUGUGAUAAUACCAGUAAGCUUUUUCUUUUUUAAAGAAAGGAAAAUACUAGAUAUAUAUGGCGCAGUUUAUUAAUUAUUGUUACUAUUUUGAAUGCUUUUAAUGAACUGGCCAGGGGGACAUCUUUAAGUGUUAAAUAAUCUUCUAUUAGUGAGACAUUUUGUCUUGGCUUGAUUCAUUUGAGAGUGAUUUGUAAAAUUAAUCUUGAACGUAGCUCAAUGGGUCUGCUUAAAAAUAAGCUUAUUGCCGGUAUUUUAUGGAACUUUCCAUAGGAGAGCACAGCACAAUCACUUUGUGAAGGGAAAUGCACUAGUCAGUAGUUGGUACUCCAUUCAAAAGUUCUUACUGAGGCUUUCUGCCAGUACAAAAUGUGUGAGCACACUGUACUCCUCAAACGCGGAGGGCAAAAGUGCCCGCUGUGCUGCAAGCCCUGUAUCGACCUAUUCUUGUGAUUAAGUACAACUUUGUUUAUUUAUGUUGUGAUUAUAUUGACAUUUACUGCUACAUCGUUUUAUGAAUAAAUGUAAUAUGUUUACUAA